ACAUUUUCCAAACAGUGAUCUCACCAAAAAAAUGAACUCCCAAAAUUCCCCUUUUCUUCUUCUUCUUCUUCUUCUUCUCUCAAGUUCUUCUUUUGCUAAGCUUCACUUCAACUUUUACCAAAACUCAUGUCCCAAUGUUGAGUCCAUAGUUAGAGGGGCUGUGAAGCAGAAAUUUGAGCAGACUUUUGUGACUGCCCCUGCCACUUUAAGGCUCUUCUUCCAUGAUUGUUUUGUUAGAGGGUGUGAUGCUUCUGUGUUGCUGCAUUCUAAUAACCACACUUCCGAGAAGGAUAAUGCCGAUAAUCUAUCGCUCGCCGGGGAUGGGUUCGACACCGUGAUCAAAGCUAAGGCUGCUGUUGAUGGCGUGCCGGGGUGUAAGAACAAGGUGUCAUGUGCUGAUAUCUUGGCUUUGGCUACUAGAGAUGUUGUAGUUUUGACGGGAGGGCCGAAUUACGCGGUGGAGUUGGGGAGGCGAGACGGGCGGAUCUCGACACGGAAGAGCGUUCGACACCAUCUUCCCCAACCCGAUUUUAAAUUGGAUCAACUAAAUGCCAUGUUUAAGAAACACGGUCUUACUCAAACAGACAUGAUUGCUCUCUCAGGAGCACAUACAAUUGGAUUCUCACACUGCAAACACUUCACCAACAGACUAUACAACUUCCACAGCAAAAACAGGAUCGAUCCGACGUUCAAUUCUGGAUACGUGAACGAACUGAAGAAGGAAUGCCCGAGAAACGUAGAUGAGAGAAUCGCGGUGGAUAUGGACUCGACAUCGUCGUUCACAUUCGACAACGUGUACUUCAAGAACCUGCAGAUGGGGAAAGGGCUGUUCACCUCAGACCAAGUGUUGUUCAGUGAUCCAAGGUCAAGAAAAACUGUGAACCAAUUUGCUUCCAACAACUCAGCUUUUGAGGAGGCGUUUGUGAUUGCCAUGACAAAGCUUGGGAGAGUAGGGGUAAAAACUAGAAACCAAGGAGAGAUCAGAAAUGACUGUUCUUCAAUCAACUAAAUCAUCCUUCUUUCUUUAACCAUCCACUAAUAAAUGGUAAGAAAAAUUCAUUUCAAAGAAAGCUCGAUAUGUAUUCAGAUAGUUUGUUCCAUUUUCGCCGUGUCAAAUAUGGUUUGAUACCUUUUGUUGUUGCAGGAAAGAACAAGUGUAGUUGAAAAACAUCAUUUAUUCAGAUCGAGAUAUGUCUGUCUUCUCUUU